ACCGGACCGCGCAAACAGGUACAAGAAGAGGAGAGGAGCGAGGAAAACGGCAGUUGGGAGGAGGUUUCGAGACGCUCCGAAGCCCGCGUCCAGGGGUCCGGUCCCCCCUCACCCCACCCCCGCGUAAUGGCCCCCGGCACCUUGCUCUGCACACGCUGGUAGUUCUCACAAACCGCCAAAAUGCCGGGCAACGUGCGAAACACCGGGCAGAAUGACUCGCACAGGACGCCCAUCACCUCUGCCGCCCGCACCAAAUCUCUCGACUGCUUGGCCGACAAAUCUGAUAAAACAAGUGAGUAUGUUCCUUCGAGGAUCACGAGGACGCAGCCCAAGAUCAAGGCGGACGCUAUGCAGUUCGUGAAGCCUCCUUCAAACUUUGCACACAAUCGGUGGCAGCGCUCUCAGACCGGGCCGGCGGGGCUGUACAAGUCGGCGACGGAGCAGAUCAAGAAGGCCGAGGCCGUGAAGGCGAUGAGGAAGCACCUGAUCGCCGAGGAAGAGGACUGGCAGCAGCAGCCCUCCUCCUCUUCCUCCCAGUCCAAGAGCCCGUACGAUGAGGACACAGAUUGGCAAACGAACUUGGACAAAUGGAAAAGCUCGCGGAGAAAGAGGAACGAGGACGCGCUCGAGAGAGUCAUCGAGAUCAAGAAGAACGAGCAGGAGGAGGAGCUGAACAGGACGCGGCGUAAGAGCAAGACCUUCAGUGAAAUGCAGGAGGAAAAGAACAAAAGAGGUCGAAGGUACAACCUUGUGGUGCAUGACGACGACAACAAUGACCUGGCUGACCUCGGGCUGUCCACAGUCAAGAGCAGCGGCUCCCUCUACGACGGCCAGGAAGACAACGACGUCAAGGACCUGGACCAGGACAACAAGGACGCCAAGAGCGACGCAGGAUUCUGCACGGGUUCGGACACCGGCAGCGACGGGGUGUUCGCCGAGGACAACAUCAGCGACACCUCCUCGGCACUCGGAGACAAGAAAGAAACUCACGAUUCGCUCCUGGAUACUGGGGUUUCAAAGGAAGAGGAGCCGAGGAUCAACGGACACGGAUCCAGCCUGACUUCGGACAUCCUCAAUACCAACAAUGCGAACCUGUACACAGAGGAGUACACUUACGACAAAGCCAUUGAGGGAUAUAAACAGUAUGCAGAGAAUACUGCCAAGAAGCGCACGUCCAGCAUCACGAGUCUGAACAGUAACACGAGCUUCACGAAAGAGGACGAGAGAAAGGACGAGAGACCUCGCCUCAACGGUCGCUCUCCAAGCCCUGCCAAGAGCAACAAGCUGGAGGAAAAACUCAACUUCUUCACCAAGGAGAUGGUCAAGGAAUCUCGCACGAGCCCUGAGCCCAGAGUCAUCAUGCGAGAGAAGUCACCAAAGGUUGACGUUGGGAAGAGAAGAUCCAUGUUCGAGAUGGGCGAGCCGCUGAUCAGCCAGAGCGAGAGAGAACAGAAGCAGGCCAACAGGAGGUCUUUGGAAGUCCCCGGAUCUCUGCGGAACAAGGUUGCAUCGUUCGAGAACCUGGAUAUGGACACCCCGAAAGUUCGAGGAAUGACUCCAAACAUUGAGACGAACUUGAAGAGUAAAGUCAAAUCCUUUGAGAACCUUGACACAGAGACAACCAAGGUCCGUGGGGUGACGCCUACGAGAGACACCAAAUUCCGCGAGAAGCUGGCAUCCUUUGCAGCUGCUGACACCGAAUCUCAGACAGUCAGAAAGAAGACUCCGGAAAGAGACGUCAACUUCCACAAGAAACUUGCAUCCUUUACAAGCAUCGAAAACGGUGAAGAAGAGAAGUGCGUUGAGAGGAAGACCAUCCCUCUGCGCGACCCAACACUGAAAAACAAGAUUGCCUCUUUCGAACAGCUGGAACAGGCUGCUGAAGCCUAUUCUCAGCCUCCACGUGAAGAACCAAUGAAAAAUAGGGACCGGUCUGUCAGCCUGGAAAACCUGGACGAACCCCCGCCGGUCAAGGAGGUAAUGCGGCCUGCAGUUUCAAUGGGCAACAUGGGGCUCAUGAGACGGGCUCCCUCGACCCCGUACAUGGUGGUGGAUCUAGACAAAACGGGGGUGGAGGAGGAGUCUUGUAUCAGGGAAAAGAGACCUGUGGUGAGUGAUGAGCAAGAAUCAGCCGGUGCUCGGGACCAAGCCAAGCGCUCUACCAUCUACGAAACUAUAGAGAAGUGCCAAGUGGUUCGUGACGUUGAGUCUGCUCCAAUGUUUUCCAUUUUCCAGUACCUCAGCCCAGAGGUGAAUGCCCAGGUCUUUGAGAUUGCCUCAAAGCUAGAGGAAACUCCUCUCUUGGGCUCACCCACCCUCAGAGACCCCUCCGUUCCCCUGCCAGAGCCCCCCGUGCAGGAGCAAGACUCCUUCGAAGGAGCUAAACCCUAUACUGAUGAAGAUAUUAAUGAGGUUAUCAGUGAUUAUGAACAAGUUGGCAGUGUUUAUGAAGAAGCUUCUGAGCAUGUUGAAAAUAUAUAUGAGAAUAUCACAGAGGAGCCUGUGUAUGAAAACAUAUAUGAAAAGGUUGGUGAUGAAAUCCAGAUGACUGGUUUUGGCACUGUGCCGUGGGUUACUCAGGUGCUAGACGUGACGUGGACGGACGGCCCCUCCCAGGCGGCCCCACCCUGCGUGCCCCUCCCCCCCCCUCCCCCUGAUGACGAUUCUGACGACGAUGCAUCAGAUCAGCCACAGGGUCUACCAGAGCAGGCGGAGGAUGAGCCUUUUACCCGGGAGAACUCAACCCGCCGCAUCAAGAAGGAACUCUGGAGGAGGAGGUCAGACUUCUUGGGCACAUCCUCACAAUAUAUUGAAGAAGAACCAACUGUUAAGCCUCCCCCAGACCUCAGUGAGCUUCUGAGGCAGGAGCGUGAGGCAGAACGCAUCAUGGCUGAGUCGCAGCGUGCCAGGACUCCCAUCCAAGAGACACUAAGCAAAGCAGAAAUUGCUCGCCGUGAGAAGGAAAUAAUUGAAAGUCUGGAGCGCUCAGAGCAGCUGAAGCAGCAGCAGCAGCAACAAUUGCAGUAUACUUGGCAAGAUCACAUGGCAGAGGAAACAACAAUGACAGAGGAACAAAAGCAAUUAAGCGAACACUUAGAAUACCAGGUGUUGAUGAGUGUAGACAGGGAUUCCUGUCCACAGGGCUUUAAUUCAGUUCCUCCACCUCCUCCAUCACCUGUCGCUAACCCCACUCAUCCUUGUUCUAGCUUAGCAGCUUGCAUGCCCUCUCAUAGUGACUUGUUUACUCUGUCUCCACUUCCUGAGGGAGAUGAGGUAUCAGGCAGUGCCUCUCCCCACAGGGGGAUUUGUUCCUCCCCUCCUCCCCUGCCUAUUGCACCCCCUGAAUGUGGUGUCCCCAGUCUGACACCAAUCCCUGAGGGUGAAGAAAUGGCAACACCUUCAACUACCAUCUCAGAAAAGAGCACCCCAACUUCUGAUGUUGUUACCCCUUCUCCCUCCUCCCCUCUUCCCAAAAUCUCUGCUUGUGCAUCAGCAAAGUCUGCAUCCCCAGAGAGUGUCCCUUGCACUGAUUCUCCAUGCAUAAUGUCCCCAGAAUUGACUAUUACACCUUCCCAGGACAUUGCUCCUAUAUCAUCAUCUUCUGCCCCCACAGUACAUGUUAGCACUAAUGAAUCUGUAGAUCAGACUGCCCCAACCCUCUCAAGUGUCAGUGAUCCAAUUUACACGAGUUACAGUUCUGUGACUUCCACAACAUAUAGUUUAGUGGAUCCUAAUUUACAGACUGAUGUAAAUAUUCAGCAACCUUCUGAGUCCUCUCCUUCAGUGGAUGAGAAAGAAGGGGCUGAUGUUUUACAGCAUUCUGAUAGUGUAUCAUGUGAUUCUAUUAUUGCAAAUGAUACUUUUGAAUCAGUGCUUGAAGCUUCUUUAUCAGAACCCUGUAGCACAUCACCACAGUCAGUAGCAAAUUCAACUAUUUCUCAUGCACAUCCAGAUGCAGAACCAUCACCAUCAUCACCAAAUUCUGAUUUGAAUUCUCCAGGCUUGUUAGAUCCUUCUGGGAAACCCACAGCACCUGACACCCAGCACAUUACUGAGCCUGUGAAUUCAGACUCCCAAAUAGUUUCAAGUGUGCCUACAGUUUCAGCACUGAUAAGUGAGACAAAAUCUGAAAAGAGCUAUAAGGAAAAAACUGUUAGAUUUAAUAUAGAUGAUGAGUGUAAAUUGUGUGACAGUGAUAGCUCUGAUGAUUCAUUACCUCUUCCAAGUGAGCUUGAUUCAGAUGCAUCCAUUGACAGUAAAGAAACUGCAGACACUGUAAUCACAGACACACAAAUAAAAUGUGAGGAAGAGCAUGUAGAAAACCAUUCAAAUAUCACCUCUUCUACCCUAUCUCCUUCCCAGGCCCAGACUGAGUCAACGUCCUCAGAAUCGGAUAUAGACAUCCAGGUUGCCACGAAUGUCCCAGUAACCUCUGCUAACAUCCCCACAACCUCUCAAUCUGUUAUGGACUCUAAAGAACUGGAGACCAUGGAAACAAGUUCUCAAAGUCCAGAUGAAACUUUUGAAGCCCUUCCCAUUUCCUCUAAAGACACUGUUGACAGUGUGGAAACAAAAGCAGAAAUGCUUGAAACCCAUGUCAUUGAGCCAAAUACUACUGUUGCUAAAGUUCUUCCAACUCAAACCCAAAUGGAAGUUGAAGCAGAAAAUAAUGUGCAACCUGAAUCUAGCCAGCAGUACACAGAUCUCUUGGAGUCCCACUACAGUACUCUGGACUACAGUAGCGACUCAGUUGCUUCAACUGGCUCACAUCCUGACCCGUAUAAGAAAUUGGCUGAACUGGAGGAAGAAAUGAUGAGGCAUGACCAGGACAUGCUUCAACGGGCAGGCAAGCUGGCACCAGCCUCAACAAUCAGCAAUGAUGCCCAGCCUGCCCACAUUCCUCCCCCUACCAUGUAUGCCUCCCAAGAAGGAGCACCUGUGCCCUCACCACAGGCACCUCAAACAGCUGAAAACAAUAACUACAGCAAUUACCAGCCACCAGCACCACAGCUUCCCAUCCAGGAGUUCUACACAGCCCCCACAUAUGAGCCAACACCACCCAGCAGCCUGGCACCAGCUGAGGGAGUGGCCAGCCCAGGACAGAAAGCUGUGUCUCCACCUACCGGGUCACCCUCUCAGUAUAGCACACUGGCCUCUCCCCACCCAUUCACCCGGUCUCACUCCCAGUCCAGCAUUGGGGCUCCACCCAUUCACCCUCCUCUUCAGGGUAUUAGGUCGUCCCCCACAGGCUCUCCCCGUGAUCCCGCUCCAGAGCCCCUCCCCAGGAAGAAGAAGUUACCACCGCCUCCUCCCAGCAAGCCCCACCAAAUUUCUGGAGAUUCUACAGAACGUUCUGAAGCAAUAAGAUUGAGCCGAAUGCCCACAAGCAACCCCAACAGUGUCUCACCACAGCCACAGGAAAUCCAAGGAGAGGCUGUAUCCCCAUCAGGUCAGCAGAUGUCCAAACAGACUCUCCUAGCGCUCUCUGCCAUCCCGAAGCCUCGGCUCACAGAUAAUGAAAGCUGGAUCACCAAGAAGAAACCAGAGUCGCAAAGAAGAGAUUACAGUAAACAUUGGCUUCACCAGGAGGCAGAACAGAGAAGACUGGAACAGCAAGACAGAGUCAACCGCCAGCAGCAGGCACGUGCCCCAGCCCCAAAGACUCUGCCACCUCAGUCAGUCUCCCCACAGCAGCCACCUCACCCACAGACCACCAGCUACCUUCCUACUUACCCACCUCAGAAUGCAAGUCCUACUUACUCCAGCUACCCUCAAGCCCUCAAGAAUCCAUCACCAAUCCAGAGCAAUAAUAACAACAACAACAACAUGUGGAGAAAUCAAGCCACUACAUAUCAGCCACACAUGCCCACCCAGGCACCCAAUGGCGACAAAGCUCUUCCUGACUCCAUUAUCCAUAACAUAACACAGAGAGUCAAUAAUAAAAACAGCAAGAAUACUUACUCCAAUACUAAUGGAAGACUAGGAAACACCUACGGCAAUAACAACUACCGUGAUGAGAACUAUCAUGACUACAUGAAUGCUGAUGCUCUAAGUGCUCCUUCCACCCACACUCCCCUCUACCAGUCUGGCAUGGGGCCAAGCCAGCAGCCUCCAUUCAACUCUCAGUCGCAGGACCAUUCGAGUGGACAAGAUCAAAGGCUGCUCAGUGUCUCGGGGAAAAAGAAGUGUUCGCAUUGCUCAGAGGAACUGGGUCGAGGAGCUGCCAUGAUCAUUGAAAGUUUGCGACUCUUCUAUCAUAUUCCUUGCUUCAAGUGUUGUGUGUGUGGCAUACAAUUAGGCAAUGGGUCAGCAGGUGCUGAUGUGCGAGUACGCAAUCACAAGCUGCACUGCCAUAACUGUUACUCAAAUGAUGAAGGAAUGAAAUUCAGCAAGGUAUAGUUCUGAGCUAGGAAAAAAAAGGAAAUAAAGAAAGAAAAGAAAAGCAAAGUUGUCUCUGGUGCCAAAACUUUGGUUCAUGUCAUGAGUCCAGUACUUCAAGACAUGUCUCAAGGAACUAUAUUAUAUGGAUUACAUUAGUUUGUUUUUUUGUGUGUAUUUUAAUUUAGGUGAUUCAUAGUUUAGUAACAAUUGUAUAGUUUUAUCCCCAUUUUUUUAUCAUAUGUUUGCUAAUAUCUAUUUUUUUUUCUUUUGUUUUAUUAUUUUUUAAUGUUAUGUACAAUUGUGUUAAUAUAACAACCAGACUGUGUUGAUGUGUAUAUGAAAGGUGAAAAUCUGUAGAUCCUGUGAAUGGUUGAGACUUAGUAAGAUCUAGUUCCAGAUAGAUCUUGUAAAAGUUUAUUAAGGCUUUUUGUUGAUACAUAGUUAUAUGUAGGCAGCUAGAAAUUCUACUUAAUUUAUAAAAAAGAACAAUUUGCACAAUCAAAUGAAUAUUAUGUUAAACAUUAAUAACUUGUAAAUUAUAUAUUGUAAAUAUUAGUUUAGUCAUAAAACAGUCAUUAUGAGUAGGAAGAAUAACUGCCAGGUGAUUUUUUUUUUACAAAUUAAUAAUUAUUAUAACUGAAGGGUUCUUUAUAAAUGAAUCUUGUAUAUUGAUUAUGUAAGCUUGUAAUUAAAGCAAGUACUUUUCAGUGAA